AUGAACAAAUUGUAUUGAAUAUUUAUCUUUGUACAUUUUAGUUGGAUUUAGACUUCGAUAAACAGUUCGAGGGGAAGGCUGAUCUUUUCCUUCGCAAAUGGGAGACAAAUAUCAUCCCUAAGCUGAUGAAGGUUGCUGCGUUGGAGAUGUCUGAGGAUCUGGAAAAUCCUUCAACCACCGGGAACAACAGUGAUGACAUGCUUUGCUUCAAAGCACUUCAGGUGCUCACGCACCUUCUUCCACCAACGGCAUCAGGACGAGGGGCUGGAUGGAGUCGCUGCAGUGUUAAAUCAGCCAUUUCCUACCUCAUGGACUUUGUGCAACCUGGAACGAGCAUUUCAUCAUUGCUUGAUAAUCCUGAUCCAUCGAGGGGCCACCAGCCAAGCAUCGUGUGCAUUGGACACCCAAGUGGAGCUGCCCAGCAGUAUCUGAUCGUCGCCAAAAGUGACAAGAUUGCUGUGCCACUUGGAGAUGAAGGGCUGACCUGCGCAAUUGACAAGCUCUUCAAGAUGUAUUGGGUUUGCAAUCUUAAGUACCCUGUCCAACUGCAGUCUGUCUUCUCCUUCCUGGAGCAUAUUUAUGAAUUACCAAUUUCUGUAAACAAAAGAUCUAAAGUUAUUGAGCUUAUCUCCAAGCUCCAGGCUAUAUCAUAAAUAAGCCAUGUAUGUGUGCCCAAGGUGCAAGCGCGUCAUUGGAGGAGAAGCCAGGAAGCUUAUCCGGCAUCUUAGAACCUUUCAUGCUUUAUCAGAUUCCCAAGACUUUCAAAUUGUAUGUUGCCAGAACAACUGCCAAAGAACAUAUCACAAUCUAAACUCCUAUAGAAAACACCUUAAGAAAGACCAUUCAAAAGUUAUAUCAAAUGAACAAAUUGAUUAUGUCCCAGGACACUUGGAAUGUUGUAAUUUGUUGAAUGAUGAUGAAAUUGAUAAUGAACCAAUUCCAGAAGAAGCCACAGUAGAUCUCAGAACAGCGGAUUCAGCAACUCUUAAUGAUUGCGCAUCUGCAUUUGUAGCCCAAAUGUAUUCCUCACCUAAUACAACUCUCACUGAUGUGCAGAGGAGUGUUACAUGUGCCAAAGAAGUCCUAGACCGAACUAUAGACAUUGUUGAAGAGAAAAUGCUCUCCUUUAUAGAUGCCCAUUCUUUACCUCAUGAUGACGAUGCUUUUAAAACUUUGAUGCAAGAAUUGGAAAAUGGGAGGAAAAUGUUUGAAGAUGUUGACACUCCCUAUAAAAUGACCAAAUACUUCUCUGAUAAAAAGUGUCUUGUGAAACCAACAGACAUAUUCUUAGGGCAUAGGGCAGAUACUGCCAGAAAAAAUGGACAAAUGACACAGGUGCUGAUGUCAGACACAUGUCAGUACAUUCCUAUUAUUGACACCAUCAGAUUUCUUUUUAGCAGCGAGAAAAUGCAGAGCCUUUACAUGGAGUCUAAUAAAAGUAUAGAUGGUAAAAUGCGAGACUAUAGCGAUGGUGCACAGUUUGCUACUCAUCCUCUGUACAGUAGAUAUCCAGAUGCAUUACAGAUACAACUUUAUUUUGACGAUGU